GAGAUUGGGAAGAGGGGGGUGCGAGGAACGAGCAAAGUUGUAGGUUAGGAAGACAGAGGAGGAAGGGGGAGUUAGGUAAGGGAGAUAAAGGUGACGGAGGGGGAGCAGGAGCAGCAGCAGGAGGAGCAGCAGGAGGAGGAGGAGAGGCUGCAGCAAGGCACAAGGUGAGGGGACAAAGAGAGAGAGAAGAUGUGAGAAGGCGCCUUGGGCUGGAAGGCAAAUCAGGAGAGGACAGAAACCACCAAACGAUGCCUGGGAAGUUUCAGACUGGCCUUAGGGUGCUAGCCACUUGCCUCUUUGCUCUGCUGGUGUUGGGGGGCAUCUUGGCUGCAUAUGUGACAGGGUACCAAUUUAUUCAUACCGAUCGCCACCAUCUCUCAUUUGGCCUAUACGGAGCCAUCCUGGGUCUCCAUUUACUCUCUCAGAGCCUCUUUGCUUUUUUGGAGCACAGGAAGAUGCGAGGAGGUGGGCGGUGUCCUUCAGGAAAGUCCACAGUGGUGCUUUGUAUUGCAGCAUAUCAAGAGGACCCAGAGUACUUACGGAAAUGUCUGCGAUCAGUGCGCCGCCUCUCAUAUCCUCACCUUCGUGUGAUCAUGGUGGUGGAUGGGAAUACAGAAGAGGACAGAUAUAUGAUGGACAUAUUCCGAGAGGUCAUGGGAUCAGAGGGAACCUGCUGCUACAUUUGGGACAAAAAUUACCAUGAAUCAGAGGAGGGAGGACAAGAGGGUGAGAGGGGAGUACAGGAGAUGGUGAAGAACUUCCAGUAUGUCUGCAUCAUGCAGAAGUGGGGUGGAAAAAGGGAAGUCAUGUAUACUGCGUUUCGUGCACUUGGAGACAGUGUGGCUUAUGUGCAGGUCUGUGACUCUGACACUGUGUUAGACCCAGCUUGCACCGCUGAGAUGCUGCGCAUUUUGGAAGAAGAUCCUGAAGUGGGGGGAGUAGGUGGAGAUGUGCAGAUCCUGAAUAAGUACGAAUCGUGGAUCUCAUUUCUGAGCAGUGUCCGCUACUGGAUGGCAUUCAAUGUGGAACGGGCCUGCCAGUCCUAUUUUGGCUGUGUUCAGUGCAUAAGUGGCCCUCUGGGAAUGUAUAGGAACAGCCUUCUGCAGUACUUUUUAGAAGACUGGUACCAUCAAACAUUUUUGGGGCAGAAGUGUAGCUUUGGGGAUGACAGACAUCUAACAAACCGUGUACUAAGUAUGGGAUAUCGAACUAAGUACACAGCUCGGUCUCGUUGCCUGACAGAGACACCAACACGGUAUUUGCGCUGGUUGAACCAACAAACGCGCUGGAGCAAAUCAUACUUCCGUGAGUGGCUAUACAAUGCACUGUGGUUCCACAAACACCACCUUUGGAUGACCUAUGAAUCUGUGGUUACUGGCUUCUUUCCCUUCUUCUUGGUGGCCACAGUGGUUCAACUAUUUUAUCGUGGCCGUGUUUGGAAUAUUCUUCUUUUUCUAUUGACCGUACAGCUUGUUGGUAUUUUGAAGGCAACCUAUGCCUGUAUCCUUCGAGGUAAUGCUGAAAUGAUUUUCAUGUCACUUUAUUCACUUCUCUACAUGACUAGCCUUCUGCCUGCCAAAAUAUUCGCAGUGAUCACCAUCAACAAGUCUGGCUGGGGGACUUCAGGGCGCAGGAAGCUGGUGGUGAAUUUUAUGGGUAUGGUGCCCGUGUCUGUCUGGUUUUGCAUUCUGCUGGGAGGAUUAGUAUACACAGCAUAUUGUCAGAGUCAUGAUCCGUUCACCGAAACAGAACUGUUAUUCCUGUUGACAGGUGCCAUCUUAUACGGAUGUUAUUGGGUGGCACUUCUCAGUUUAUAUCUUGCUUUGAUUGCCCGGCGGUGUGGGAAGAGACAAGAGCUGUACAACUUAGCAUUGGAGGAAGUCUGAAGGACAGAAAAAGCAGGCUUUUAUUUUGUUUACAACAUAAACAUAGGAUGACUACUUGUUUUGAAAGACUGUAACAAAAUCACAAAUGCAGUAGUUUCCAUAUUAUGACAAGUGCAACACACUGAAUGUUCUUCAUGCAGCCGAGCACAGCAAAGGCUGACUUGCAUUUUCAACACUGUAGAUGGAGCUUUUCUCACCAGCAAUGUCUUAAGCAGCUAAAACCAUUCUAUGCAAAAAUAUAUAUAUAUACCUCAGAACCAGAGCCAGCUGCCAAAGCAAUAAAGCCUUAAUUCAGAACCUGGUCCUGUGAAUAAAAAAUGUAAAAGUAAAGCAACAACAGAUCACAUAGCACCAAACAAACUAUUAAAAGGGAAAAAAACAAACAAUGCAGCAAAAGACAAUAUUUGAAACAGGUCGUACCUUUGAUAUUUGUUUACUGUGAGCAGCUGCUUUAAAACAUUUUACACCAAAAAUGUUAGACAUACCUGAUGGGUGCCUACUAACAAACUUCGGCAGGGAAGAUUAAGCCAAAUGAUCAAAAUCACAAUAAGAAUGUUUGGGAAUGAGGCCUGUGUGUGUAAGACUGAAAAAAAAAAAAAUGUCCUGCUUUUUCAAAAAAUACAUGAAAAUAAUGGCCCAGCGACCAUUGUCAGCGGAACUAUCUUAGUAAUUAUGGCGUUGGUCUUUAGUCCUUGAUGAAUGUUACACUUUUGCAACUCCUCGCUGGCCUUAUGAAUGCAGCAUUUACUUUUUUGGCUGUUAAUUAUUAUGAUUGAUUUUCUACUACCCUAUAAUAACUGCCAGAUAAACCUAUAGAUAUAGUAUAUAAAGUAAUUUAUGUCCUGCUUUAUAACUUACAUUGUAGUUAACUUUACAAAGUUGACUGAAGCUCGA